CAGAAAACUUAACGUUCAAAACUUUUCUUUCCCUAUUAAAAUAAAAUAAAAUAAAGUAUAAAAAAGCCCAGUCGAAUGAAAUGAGGACAAAUCAUUUAGCGUCAUUUCACCUGAACCUCACCUUCCACAUCAACAAUAUAGAGAGCAUCAGGUUCAUGUUUAAGAUUCCUCUUGUUUACUUUUCAUCGCGAGUCUUCCUGUAGAUAAGUCGCUAGCUUCCUCCAUAUUAUUUAUCUAUUGCCAAUAUUGUUUUUAGAUUAUUUUCUUGGCUUACUUAGGGUCUGGAUAUAAUGAUAUCGGAAGGGAACAGCUAAUAUAGAUAUAGAUAGUUAAGCUUAAACAUGAGAAUAGAAAUAUCUUGCCAGGGUUUCAGUUCAAAUUAAAGCUAAACCAUUCUGUUAACUGUUAGUUCAUGUUAGUCAAUAUGCUUAGAUUAGUUUAAGACAGAUGCAAAUAAAACACGAGCUAGAAGAAAAUAUAUAAUUCGAAAAUAUGCAGAAUUUUUUAGUUUCAUACAAUAGAAUCCAAGCUCUCGCUGUCUUCUUUCCUUUACUCACUUUUUCAUGCUCUCCCACUCUUUCCCUGUCUCUCUCUCUUUCUCUAUCUAUGCUCCCUUCGCUCAUUACCUUUGAAUGAUCAACGUUGCACAACUGUUUACAAGAUAAAAAAAAAAAAAAAAAAAAAAUAUAUAUAUUUAUAAAGAUAAAGAUACCCCACAACUUCGAUCGCCGAAGUGGGAUCCCGUUCUUUUUUGGGAUACGUUGAAAUAUUCGAAAAGUUAACGAAGAAAAACAAAAAAAAGUUCUCAAUAUUACGAUUUACGCGAACUAAUCUUUGGCAUCCUUCGCAGCAUAUCAAGGUGAGCAUAGACGAGGAACAAAGCGCGGCUCUGAUUACGACAUGGGCGUCAGCGUGGAGUCGGGAGAUGGCAGCUCCAGGUCGUCGUCAGAAUCACCUUCGAACUCGCGUCCAUCGACACCCACAAAGGUAACAGGCGACGAGGACGAGGACUCCACUAUGAAGUCUAUUGGCGAUAAUAAUGAUCCUGGCAUGGAAGUAGCUGGCGAUGCGGAUGAAACGAAGGCUGCACGCUCAGUUUCCAGCAGCUCCUCGUCCUCCUCUAGCAGCAGAUCCAGUCGUCGUGGCAAGAGAAAGAAGAAAAGCUCUGGAAGCAGCAGCAGCAGCAGUAACAGCAGCAGCAGCAGCAGUAGCAGCAGUAGUUCCAGCAGCAGCAGCUCUAGCUCUGACGAAGACGACGAAAAACCCAAAGCGUCACCUACGGCAGCAGCUGUGCCAGCAGAUGAUGAUGAUGUCUCUGCAGCCCAUGGCGAUGCUGAUGACGAUGCAGAUGGUAAUGCUCAUGGCGGGGGUGAUGGCAAUGAUGAUGCUGUUGCUGCUGCCUCUGCACACACGAAUGCAGAUGACGAAGCAGAUGCCAUUAGUUCAGUUUCUGGCUCGCCAAUCAAAUCACAUUCGGCCACAUCGGCGCGUAGUCGCAGCAAUAGCCCAGAUCGCCUGUACAACCAGGGAGGAGUGGAUCUGAAUAUUAGCCACGAGGAUCUCAGUGAUGUGAGCGACAUCGACAUGGAGAACAAGGCCACAUCCAAAGACUCCACGAUGGUCGGUGACGACGAUGACGGCGCCCUCUCGAGCGACUCGCAGCCAGCCAUUGACGCAACCCAAGCUCUCAAUGGCAAGGAUCGUCGCGGCGGAGAGGACAAGUCAGCCAGCCAACCCGUGACAGAUAAUAAAAUGGAGCCGGGCAGCACCAAUGGGUUGGAUGAUCUGGUCAAGGCACACGACGAUGAUGCGCUCGACUUUGAGGCUGAGGAGGGCGAGUGCCCGGAACUGAAGGAGGCGGACGCCGAGACGGAUGGAGCUGCCAAGGUGGCCGCUACAGCAAAUGGCAACGAUUCAAAUAAGAAAGGGAAAUCUCCGCCGAAGCAGCUCGAUGAGAAUAACAAGGUGGUGCAGCUCGAUGGCGAUAGCAAUGGUGCGGGCGAUGGUGAUGGCGAGGUGUGCGACGAAGAGGAGGACGGCACGGGCGGCUCGGAUAAUGCCAAAAAGAAGAAAAAGGACGAAGAGCUGGAAGAGGGCGAAGUCUCGGACGAGGAUGAGAAACGACCCGAGGAGACGGAACCGAAGCCCGUCUGUCGCUUCUAUACGCGUGGCCAGUGCACCUGGGGCAUGAGCUGCCGGUUUUUACAUCCGGGCGUUACGGACAAGGGCAACUACACAAUGUUCGAGAGCCUCGUGCGAUCCGUGCCCAUGCAGAGCGGCAGCGGAGCGGGCAACCCCUCGCGUGGAGCCGGCAGCAGUGCUUACAACAGUCAUAUGGCCGGUGUGCCGCCCGCCAGUGACUAUCACGAUUACCGUAAUGAGCGUCCGGCCGCGCUGCACCAUCGGAGCGCCGCGGCACUGCAUCACGGGGGCGUGUAUGCGCCGGGCGCAGCUGGAGUCAGCGCACACCAUGAUGCACGAAGUGGGCUGAUCAUACCCGACGGGCCAGUGGUGGUGGAGAAUGCCUGGGAGCGAGGGCUGCGCACGGCUAAGGAAAUGAUGCGCAAGGCAAACAAGCGCAAGGAGCAGGACAUGGACUUCGAGGACAAGAAGAUGAAUCUAACGCUUUCGCCAGAUGAACUGGAAAAAGAUCCGUAUUAUCUCAAGGAGCGCGCCACCUCGCCCGCCGUUGUGCGAGAGUUGCCGCCGACCAAUCCAAUCAGUCACGGCAAUCCACGAGCCCUGCUGCCCUCGGUGUACUCCAUGUACGGCCAGCCGGCGGAUCGGUAUCGUUUCCCCUAUAUGCCGUCCAUUCCGUAUGAGGAUGUGGAUGCCUAUGGCCGUAUGGCGCGAUAUCGGGAGCUGCCGCCGCAUCGAAUGCCACAGUACGAGGACGACCGUAGAUUACGUCCUGCACGGGAAGUGAUUGUGCAGCGCGUGGAGACGGUCGGACGUGGUGAUGAGUGGAGUGAUCCGUGGAUGCGCUCAAAGUCGAUCGGACGCGGUCCGUCGUACGAGCGCGAUGACAGGCGGCGUCGGGAUCGUCGCAGCUACAGCAGCAAUUCAUCCUAUUCCAGCUCCAACAGCUCACAGAGCGAUUCCAGCUCUGAUUCGUCGCGCUCUAGCAGCGCCUCGGAUCACAAGCGUCGCUACUCGCACAAGAUAAUGUCCUCCUCCAGCUCGCGUCGCCAUGCUGCCGGACGAGCGCGCUCGCCCAGCCAAAUACCACGGCGACCCAGACACACAUCAAAGGGCAGCACUUCGUCUACGUAUAAGCGCACCGCGUUAGAGAAGCGCAGCGGUGGCGGGCACAGUCCCGCCGCAAAGCGCAAGAAACUCACCCCGACGCCCAAGAAGUUUGACAAGAUGCGCCGCCGUCGAAGCUCCAGCUCAUCUGACUCAGAUUCCUCAGACACUUCAUAUUCGGACUCAGAUUCCGGCAGUUCCUCGUCGGACAGCUCGUCGGGCUCGCGGGAAACGCCCGCGAAGCGAAUGCGUGCCACAGACAAGGCGCUCAACGAGCGCAAACUAAUCAAAAAACCCACUGAACAAUCGACCAAGAAGCGUUCACCCAUUUCUAUUGAGAUUAAGAAAACAUCGAACAUGGUGGGCGUGUCGGCGCUAGUGUCGCCCGGCAAUUCGCCCGGCCCCGAUAAGGAGAAGGGCGCUGGCAAAGAUAAGGAAAAGGAGAAAGAGAAAGACAAAGACAAGGACAAGGACGGCAAAAAGUCACGCCGAGAAGAGCUACUAAAACAACUGCGCGCCGUCGAGGAUGCCAUUGCCAAGAAGCGCUCCAAAUUGACCUGAUAACAUACGUUUGCCCCCCUCCCAGACCCUCUCCACCUCAAUGCACCAGCAACCUUAGCAGUCGCAGCAAACGCUCCUAAAAUGCCAACCACCUUCAGCAUUCAGUAUACAAUCUAUAGGGUAUGUGUGCGGUCGUCUGUCAUCUAACUGCUGCCAGGCACACACUUGUGGAUUGGGAGUUUAUAACUGCAACUGCAACUGCGACUGCGACAGCGACAGCGACAGCGACAGCGACUGCGCCUACGUCUGCCAUUUAGCAAUUGGGUCUGCUUCUGGAUUAGCAUUAGCAUUAAUCAGCUGCCUUCGAAAACAGCCUACAGUCUUUGCAUACGUUUUUAAAUACUUUUGUUGUUUUACCUAACAUCGUAACGCUUGUGUCGAUGUUGUGUCGAUUGUCAGUUAAAAGCAAACAAUUUAAUGCAUUUAGUUUUAAUAAUCCCCACAUUAUUCACAUGCCAACCCAGACCCAUAUCCGCACAUAUACACAUACGCAGGCAAACAGACUGACACACAGACACCGAUGCAAAUAGACAUUCACACACAUCCUACACUUUUUUAAUCGCCACUCGCCAAUGAUAAUACUUCAUUGAUAAUGCUAGAUGUAAUGAUGUAUAAAUAAAAGGCGAAUUUCAUUGUAUCAAUUAGUGUAUCGUUUUUAUUUUGAUUUCUUAUCAUUUCAAUCUGUAUGUAUAUAUAAUCUGCAAGAUAACUGAAUAACUACUUCAAAUAUAAUAUAACUUACUGUUAUUUAGAUUAACAAA